AUGUCCUACCACGGAGUACCUCCUGGCCAGAGCCACCUCUGGUCCAACCGGGAGCAGGGACCAGAUAGGCUGGGACGUCUCUGGAUGGCCCUGGGCCUGACACUGGCCCUGGCCUUGCCCAACUCCCUGAUUCUUUGGGUUCCGGCGGGGGCCCACCCUUUGCCUGCCCAAGGUUAUCCUGCCAGGCUCAAUCGCAUAGAACCCCAGCUCCGAAACACCUUUAGGUGGUGGAACCUCACCUGCCCGGUGUGCAAAGGCUUGUUCUCCGUCAUUGACCUCGGAUUAAAGCAGGAAUCCAAUGUGGCCCGGGUGGGCUCCAUAGCCAUCAAGUUUUGCAAUCUGCUGAAGAUAGCGCCACCUGCAGUGUGCCAAUCAGCCGUCCAGCUCUUUGAGGGUGACAUGGUGGAGGUGUGGACACGCUCGGUGCUGAGCCCAUCUGAGGCCUGUGGCCUGCUUCUGGGCCCCACCUGUGGGCACUGGGACGUCUUCUCGUCUUGGAACAUCUCCUUACCAGCAGUGCCCAAGCCGCCCCCACAGCCUCCCAGCCCCCCAGCCCCAGGCGCCCCUGUCAAGCGUGUCCUCUUCCUCACUGACCUACACUGGGAUCAUGACUAUCUGGAAGGCUCAGACCCUGACUGUGUGGACCCACUGUGUUGCCGCAAGGGUUCUGGCUUACCUCCAGCCUCCCGAUCUGGUGCUGGAUACUGGGGCGAAUACAGCAAGUGUGACCUACCCCUACGAACCUUGGAAAGCCUGCUGAGUGGGUUGGGCCCAGCAGGCCCUUUUGACAUGGUAUACUGGACAGGAGACAUCCCUGCCCAUGAUGUGUGGCAACAGUCUCGCCAGGACCAGCUGCGGGCCCUGGCCACCAUCACGGCCCUCGUGAGGAAGUUCUUGGGGCCAAUACCUGUGUACCCUGCUGUGGGCAACCAUGAGAGUACACCUGUCAACAGUUUCCCUCCCCCCUUCAUAAAGGGUAACCACUCAUCCCACUGGCUCUAUGAGGCCAUGGCCAAGGCGUGGGAGCCCUGGCUGCCCACAGAAGCGCUUCACACUCUCAGGAUUGGGGGGUUCUAUGCCCUGUCCCCAUACCCUGGCCUCCGCCUCAUCUCUCUCAAUAUGAAUUUUUGUUCCCGGGAGAACUUCUGGCUCUUGAUCAACUCCACAGAUCCUGCUGGACAACUCGAGUGGUUGGUGGGAGAGCUCCAGGCUGCUGAGGACCGAGGAGACAAAGUGCAUAUAAUUGGCCACAUUCCCCCAGGACACUGCCUAAAGAGCUGGAGCUGGAAUUAUUACCGUAUUGUAGCCAGGUAUGAGAACACCCUGGCUGGUCAGUUCUUUGGACACACCCAUGUGGAUGAAUUUGAGGUCUUUUAUGAUGAAGAGACCCUGAGCCGGCCGCUUGCUGUGGCCUUCCUGGCACCUAGUGCCACCACCUACAUUGGCCUUAAUCCUGGUUACCGCGUCUACCAAAUAGACGGUGACUACCUCGGGAGCUCUCACGUGGUCCUGGACCACGAAACUUUCAUUCUGAACCUGACGCAGGCGAACGCGCCUGGAGCCUCGCCACACUGGCAGCGCCUCUAUAGGGCUCGAGAAACCUACGGGCUACCCAAUGCGCUGCCUGCCGCCUGGCACAACCUGGUAUACCGCAUGCGGGGCGACACACGACUAUUCCAGACUUUCUGGUUCCUCUACCAUAAGGGCCACCCGCCCUCGGAGCCCUGCGGCCAGCCCUGCCGCCUCACUAUUCUGUGUGCCCAGCUGUCUGCCCGCGCUGACAGCCCUGCUCUGUGUCGCCACCUGGUGCCGGAGGAGAGCCUCCAGGAUGUUCACAACCUGUGGCCACGGCCCCUGUUCUGCUAGCGCCCCCUAGGACCCAGCGUUGGUAAAGUUCAUGUCUGGGGAGGAAGUGAAAAGCCCAGGAUGCUGACGGCUGCUGUGGUACAGUUUAGCAAGAACAUCCUGGUGGAAGAGCCCAUGGGGGCCCCAGGUGCGCCAGGGAAACAGGACUUUUUCCUUUCCUGAAGCUGGUUUAGCAGAAU